CCUCAUGAUUUCACCUCCACGACGAGCAGGCCUGCUCGACGAUGAACAAUCAUCCCGUCGUAACUAUUGACUUGGUUCUUGACAGGCACACGACUAAGGAAGUUCUCCGAGCUGUGCUACAUUCUAUACUGUUUCAUAGGUUAUUCGGCAUAGUUAAACCACAAACAUAUGAUGUACUGGACGUAACCAUGCCAGGCGUGGAUGACCCUGAGAUCAAGCAGUUGAUCCAGGACAAAGUUGAUGCGUUCUGGAAGGCGGUCGACCUCCGGGCUGAUAAAAAGGGGGAGAUCACCGUGACCUUCACUGAAAAGCGAGCUAGGAAGUCAUGGUUCCUCACCAGUGAGGAAGAGGUACCUUGGGAGCAAUGGACGAUCAAAGCAGCAAUUCAGCAGCCGACAUCUGAGCGAGAGAGACAAAAGUUCAACUCGGACCUCGCAUCCAACUUGACCGAAACUUUGAGGACAAUAUUAACUCAUACAUCAUCCGAGCGCGGUCGUUCCCGCGUGCCACCUAUUACAAACAACCAGGGCAUAUCGCCCUUCCCGGUCAAAAUAACUGUGAUCGUGGGCGGAAUUGAAGUGAGCUAGGUAGAAGCAUAAGCCUGUCUACUUCUUGACUCGUAAUCCCUGCAUUCCUUCGGACUUUCUGGAUGGGCUGACUGUAUUCAUUCUGUACCAUAGCAUAUAUGGACGUUCUGCGAAUCUAUCGUCUUGCACUUGGA